CCCUGUGGCCCCUUUCUAUCUCAUUCCUUCAGUUCUUGUGCCUCUCCUAAACCUCCCACCUUCACUGCAUCUCCUUUCCCACACUCAACUCUCAGCAGAAGUAUCCCUACUUUCCUCUCUUGAAAAACUUAGCCUUCCCUCAUUCUCCGGGCUCGCACACGCCUAACUCUUGAAACCUUCCUUCAAUCCAGUCUCGCCUGCUUUCUCCUCCUAAACAUUCCCCUCCUCUGUCUUCACAGCACGCAUCCCUCCACUCUAAAAUAUGCCUUUUCCCAUCUCUAAUAGUUUUACUACCAUCCCUGACUCCAGGAUAAUUAGCCUCUGACCCUCUGGAGACCCAGGCAGGGAAGGUGCAGGAGGCUCAGGAUUCAGACUCGGACACUGAAGGAGGAGCUGCUGGCGGAGAGGCAGAGAUGGACUUCCUGAGGAAUUUAUUCACCCAGACCCUGGGCCUGGGUUCCCAGAAGGAGCGUCUGCUGGAUGAGUUGACCCUCGAAGGAGUGACACGCUACAUGCAGAGCGAGCGCUGUCGCAGAGUCAUCUGUUUGGUGGGAGCCGGAAUCUCCACGUCGGCAGGUAUCCCUGACUUCCGCUCCCCAUCCACUGGCCUCUAUGCAAAUUUGGAGAAGUACCACCUUCCUUACCCGGAGGCAAUCUUUGAGAUCAGCUACUUCAAGAAACAUCCGGAACCCUUCUUUGCCCUUGCCAAGGAGCUCUAUCCCGGGCAGUUCAAGCCAACCAUCUGCCACUACUUCAUCCGCCUGCUGAAGGAGAAGGGGCUGCUGCUGCGCUGCUACACGCAGAACAUAGAUACGCUGGAACGAGUGGCGGGGUUGGCACCCCAGGACCUGGUGGAGGCCCAUGGCACCUUCUACACAUCACACUGCGUCAACACCUCCUGUGGAAAAGAAUACUCGAUGAGCUGGAUGAAAGAGAAGAUCUUCUCAGAAGCAGUUCCCAAGUGUGAGAAAUGCCAGAGUGUGGUAAAGCCUGAUAUUGUAUUUUUCGGUGAGAACCUUCCAUCGCGCUUCUUCUCCUGCAUGCAGUCAGACUUCUCGAAGGUGGACCUCCUCAUCAUCAUGGGCACCUCCCUGCAGGUGCAGCCCUUCGCCUCUCUCAUCAGCAAGGCACCACUAGCCACCCCACGGCUGCUCAUUAAUAAGGAGAAGACAGGCCAGACGGAUCCCUUCCUGGGCAUGAUGAUGGGCUUGGGAGGUGGCAUGGAUUUUGACUCCAAGAAGGCUUACAGGGAUGUGGCCUGGCUGGGUGACUGUGACCAAGGCUGCCUGGCUCUUGCUGACCUCCUCGGAUGGAAGAAGGAGCUGGAAGACCUUGUCCGGAGGGAGCAUGCCAACAUAGAUGCCCAGUCGGGGUCACAGGCCCCCAAUCCCAGCACUACCAUGUCCCCUAGAAAGUCCCCGCCUCCUGCCAAGGAGGCGGCCAGGACCAAAGAGAAAGAGGAACACCAGUAACCACUACCUCCCACUCAGGACAGCGGAGCCCCAGCCAGCACUGGUCCCUCUAACAUGCAGCUUGUGUGAGCUCAUAGACCCUUCAUUCUCUUAACUACUUUCUUGAAACCAGGGUCCCCAACUCAGUCCCAGAAAAGUCUAAUAUACCUAAGGGCUGAGGCCUGUGCAGUAUCUAACCAUAGCCCACAGCCUCUAACCACCCAGGGCAAGAAGCAGCCUCCCUAACUUCUAAUUACUCCCAGAGAGCAGGUUACCCCAAAAAUCCAACAGUGCCAGAAUAAGGCAUUUCUCUAUUGUUUUUGGGGAGGGCCUAUGGCUAAAUCAAAUUAACCUACCCCGAAUAGGGGCUGGACUCCAAAUAUAACUUCACCGAAGGGGGUGGGGCCUCAUGGGUUCUCUGAUCCUGAAGGCCUGCCAACUCUCUGCCUCCAACAAAGUGGGUACUGGGAUCCCUUACCUAGGGACCCACUUGCCAGCUAUUGGUGGAUGAGCAAGAGACCUUGCUUAUUAGAAACAAAUUAAAAAACAAAACAAAGCAAC